AUGUACUUAAAACGUCUUGCUUAUCAGAACUCGCGAAUAUUUUUAGAAACGGUGUGUAAUGCAAACCGGAUCUGCGAUCAUAAUAAUGUGAAUUUUAUCACUCACACUGUACACGUGAUAACGUGGUUGAAGAACGGUUACACUCCAAGCAGUUGUGAAAACAACGGAUCAUCGCAAAGGCCUUUGCAGUGUCAACAGUUACAAACCAAUUGUGGAUGGAUUGCAAUCAAGUCAUUUGCCCUGACUAAAACCCCAAUUUCACUCCGACAUUACACCCACAGCUUGACUCCUGAUCUGGAAUUGGGAAUAUUAACAAUGAUACCCUAUAAGGGGGAAUACGCGAAACUGGUUUCUGGUACCGCUGGUGCUUUGCGUUAUCCGCUGGACGUUGACCGAUAUGUUAGAAAACCAGCGGAUUUUGCACAAAAUACAGAUUUUAAGUUCUUCAUUCGAUCAAUGUUUAAUGGC